AUGUCGGCAAACAGUGAAGAGGUUUUUGAGCGGGAUGAAGACAUGUCGUCCUGGAGUUCGGCGUUCGCGCCGGUCAGUAAACCAGCAGAUUCUCCGAAGAGCAAGCGCAAGAAGCAUAAGAAGCGGAAGAAGGUGAAGAAGAGACACUCCACGACACAGGAGCGCAGGCGAUGUGACAAAGAAGAGACCAAGAAGCGAAAGAAGAAAGAGAGGAAGUCGGCAUCAGUCCCGGAAGAUGCCGACAAUCGGGCAGAGCAGUUGCCCUCCUCCAGCUACACCGCCCGAGACCCUCAGGAGCAGGAGGGUUCAGCCCACGAAGGGCUUCCCGCCAACUUGGGCAGGUGGGUCUUCCAUGCCUCUUGGGAACCGACAGAAGAAGGAGACCAGCCGGAAGCGCCUCCCAAACGCAGUCCGGGGAGAGCAGCUGCGAAGAUGCUGGUUCGCGCCGGCCUUCGCUGUAAAUGUCAUUUCGCUCUCGACUGCCAAUGCAGUGACGUGCAGGGCUGGGAGAGUUUCCUGCGUGAGCAAGACGCACCCUCGCAGAAGCCUAUGAUGUUUAUGCUACUCGAGCCGGCUCAAGAGCUUUCAGUUUUCACCUUCGUUUCACCCUCCGUCUCACAAUGGUGUCGCAGAGACGACUCCGACUCCUCUGACAGUGAGGAGAUGAUUCCGACGAUCUACGGGCUCAUGCCCAUGAGGCGAAAAGCUAAGAAGAACCGCAAGCACAAGAAGAGCAAAGAGUCCAAAAGAGACCGACGCACCAAGAAGAAGGCGUCGAAGAAGCGCGCACCCAAGGCAAAGAAGAGCUCGUACAGCUCUGAUUCCUCCUCGUCCUCGUCUUCGCCGGAACGCCGCCGCCACAAGCGCAAGGAGCGUGCGGAAGCCGCUCCCUCGAGCCACAAGGGGGAGUCUUACCACACACCGUCCUUUACGAAGGACCAUUCCUUUGGAAGUGGCAAAUGGGGCGGACAGAGCUCCGGGUGGAAGCAGCCAGGCUGGCACUCGAACAAACAAUGGCAAGCCAAGUCUUGGCAGCCCAGAGGCUCCGGCAAGCCCUGGAACACUUGGACGGCGCAUGAGAAGGGUUACCAGUGGAAGCUCCCCGAACAGGAAGAAGAUGCCGAAGAUAGGGAGGAAGCUUCCAUGCAGGAAGCACUCAUGAAGAGUGCAAUGGAGGAGGCGUGGUCCGACCGCACUCGGACUUUGUCCUACAGUGAACUCCCGGCGGAUCAGCGCGGCCCCCCCUACAAAGAAGUCAUGGAGAAUGUGGAAGCUGAUGACAUCGAGCGCAUGGCCGCGCGGAUCAAGGAGCACUCCCGCCUCCCGGAGGCAAUGAUCAACUAUGUGUCCCGGUUCCUGGCCUCCCUCCCCGACGGGACGCUGCCGCAAGAGUUGAAAUGGGCGCAGCAUUCAGGAUCGCAUUUCUCCGCCUCGAUCCUCGAACUGGAGCUUAAACCCGACAUCGCCGCGCCGGAGCAGCUCCAGAUCCCGGACCCCGUCCACUCGCAGAGUCUGACGGCCGCUCACGGCACGAAGUGGUCCUCGGCUCACGGCAUUUUGAGCCAAAAGAUCAUCCGCCCUCAAGCAGCUCAGACCGACCAGUACCCGCCAUACGGGUUCUUCGCCCGUGGCAGCUGCGAGCAGUACUCCUCGCACACGGCAAUGAAGGCCCUGGAAGGGGUUGCGAGGAAAGCAAAGGCCUCGGGAAGUGGCAUCGCAAUUUUGGUGUCCGCAAGGGCACACGCGGUCCAACUCUUGGAAGGAGGCGUGGGCAAGCUUCAUGCAGCUUGCAGAAGAGACUGGGCGGCGCGAUCCUCAUCGGACCAAAGUCUGUGCAUCAGGUCGGAGGGCGCGACCAUAAAGGCCGUGGCGUUCAUGUGGCCGCGGUAG